UCGUUGUCCUCCCGCCGCCGACCGGCCGGCAAGCGCCAUGGAGGAGGAGGUGAGCCCCUUGAUGAAGGCCACGGUCCUGAUGCGGCAGCCCGGGCGGGUGCAGGAGAUCGUGGGCGCCCUCCGCAAGGGCGGAGGAGACCGCUUACAGGUCAUUUCUGAUUUUGACAUGACCUUGAGCAGGUUUACAUAUAAUGGAAAGCGAUGCCCUUCUUCUUACAAUAUUCUGGAUAACAGCAAGAUCAUCAGUGAGGAGUGCCGGAAAGAGCUCAAAGCGCUUCUCCACCACUAUUAUCCAAUUGAGAUUGACCCAGACCGGACCAUCAAAGAGAAGUUACCCCACAUGGUGGAGUGGUGGACCAAAGCACACGAUCUCCUGUGCCAGCAGAGGAUUCAGAAGUUUCAGAUAGCCCAGGUGGUGAGAGAAUCCAGCGCCAUGCUUAGGGAUGGCUACAAGACGUUCUUCCACACCCUCUCCCAGAACCACGUUCCCCUUCUCAUCUUUUCCGCGGGCAUUGGCGAUGUCCUGGAAGAGAUUAUUCGGCAGAGGAGAGUGUUCCACCCCAACAUUCACGUUGUGUCUAACUACAUGGAGUUUGACGAAGAGGGUUUCCUAAAGGGAUUCAAGGGCCAGCUCAUACACACCUACAACAAGAACAGCUCCGUGUGUGAGAAUUCCAGCUUCUUCCAGCAGCUUCAGGGCAAAACCAACAUCCUCCUGCUGGGAGACUCCCUGGGGGACCUUACUAUGGCCGAUGGGGUUCCUGGUGUGGAGAACAUUCUCAAGAUCGGCUUCCUAAAUGACAAGGUGGAAGAGUGGCGAGAGCGCUACAUGGACUCCUAUGACAUCGUGCUGGAGAAGGACGAGACACUGGACGUGGUCAACGGGCUGCUGCAGCACAUCCUGCAGCAGGAGGACUGGACAGAGAUGCAGGGCCCCUGAGGGCAUGCGCGAGGCCACGGCCCUUCGGGCUGUGAUGGAGAGGGAGCCUCUGCCGAAGCUGCCCUGCUCUGAGCGCUGCUCCUCCCUGUGCAUGUAGAGCAGAGACAAGUCCUGGGUGGCGGGAGCAGCUGGCCCUCGCCCGUCCCUCCUUUUCCCGGCCCCUUCGUUUGUGUUCUCCAGAGGCUUGAGGGAGCCUUGCCAGGCAGGAGAGCAACAACAACCAUUCCAGAUGAACUGUGGACAUACGUGGUUUUAGCCCUUUAGGAGUCAUUUGGUCCAGGGAUCCUUUUGUCCAGAAGUUUUCAACACGGGAAGCUAUUCUUCAAACAAAUCUGAUAUGUGAAAUAAACCAAAAUAAAAAAAAGGACAAAAUGCC